CGAAAAGACGGCGACCCGCGACGCGACACUCCUCGCCUGGCCUCAUCCGCAUCGCCCCUUUUUCUCUUCCUCAUCCGGAGCGUUUUUUGAAUUCUUUCCCGUCUCGAGUCUCGACGGCCCAGGGCGAAAUGUCCUCCGCCUCGUUCUGAGAAUUGAACGGAAAUCCUAGAAGGGCCGGACGCCCCUCGCCGGCCCACUGUCACAUUCGUAACCUCUUCUCACUUCUACUCAGCAAUGUUAUCAAACGCACAACUGCUGGAUAUUUGAUACCCUUUUAUUUUCGAUAUUCCCAAAAUCGGAGGAUGUGUCAAAUUUACGUUUAAUCCUUCGUCGCCCUCGUGGAUCCGGCCUUUUUCUCCGUCGCCCUUUCCUCGGAUUUAUUUUCUAUCCAAGACAAAGUAAGUCUUUUCAUCUACUCUUUUUAUCCUCAUUCGAUCUCAGUUUUUAACUCUUCUCUCCUAGAAUUUUACCCGCUUCUCCAUCGGAGCCUUUUAACGCUUUAUUUACAUCCUUAUUUAUUUGUUGUUACGACUGAUAUCUCUUUUUUUCUCACAAAUUUCAUGUGUUUUGUUACUAUUCUUAGAUGUUUCACUUGUGUGCCUAAAUAUAAAAAUCCCCCUUGGCUCCAAUCCAAAUUUGUCGCUUUUCCACUUUUCUAUUAGUCUACUUUACUAACUGUGAAUAUUGACAUUUAAAUUCGCUCUCGUCGGACCGUUCGCUCGGGGGAAAACUUGAAAAAACAAAAAAAAAAAAAACAUUCGAGAAAGUCCUUUCAUUUUCCUUUUUACAAGCAAGAAAAUUUCCAUCUGUAUUAUAAUCUUAUAUAUACAUAUAUAAAAAUAUUUUAAGAAUCAAAAUUUAUUCUUAGAACCCUCCCCAAACCUCAAUAAUUAUACCAAUUCUCAAAUUUCAAUCCCCCCCCUCCAAACGAAAAAUUCGAAGCAACCAAGUUUUUAAAUGAAAUUUAAAAAAACAGAUUCGACUUGAGAACACUCUGGAAAAAAAUUUAGUAAAAUAACAUGUGCCUCCAGGGUAUGAGCGGAUCGGAGGAAGAGCACAGGGUGCAGUUCAUCGUCAGGUACAACCCGCUGAGCCAGAAAGACAGGCCCAAGAGGUAUGAGGUCACACUCAAUGACUCGACCCUCCUCUCGGAGCUUUUCGACCAGGUCGGCAAACACAUGCAGUACGAGCCGGAUACGUUCAAGCUCAUAUAUCAGGCAAAAAGUGGUGACAGGGAGUUUACCAAGUCUUCACCGGAAACGUUGAAAUCAGCUGGAUUCAGCCUGUACCCGAGUAGGAACUCCCUUGUUCUCGAUGUCAUCAAGGAAUCGGAGCCGAAGCCCAGUAAAAACGACGAUGAUAAAGCUAUGAAGAUCAAAACGCCAGAAGCUUUUAUACCGUUUCACAAUGAAAUCACUUUUGCAUCCCCCCCUGUUCGACGAAGCAGUUUUGUCGGGCUUGUGAACCAGGCCAUGACAUGCUACCUCAACAGCCUACUUCAAGCGCUUUAUAUGACGCCUGAAUUCAGAAACGCGCUUUACAUCUGGAAAUUUGACGGUAACACCGAGCCUAACAUGUGUAUACCAUAUCAAUUGCAAAAGCUCUUCCUCAAUUUACAGACUUCUACAAGAAUAGCUGUAGAAACUACUGAGUUGACAAGAAGCUUCGGUUGGGUUUCGGGUGAAGUCUGGCAACAGCAAGACAUCCAGGAACUUUGUCGAGUUAUGUUUGAUGCGUUAGAACACGAGUUCAAAGAUACUGAACAAGCUGAUCUUAUUAAUCGUCUAUAUCAAGGUAAAAUGACUGAUUAUGUCGAAUGUCUUGUGUGUCGAAAGGAGAAAUGUCGGGAGGACACUUUCUUAGACAUCCCUCUUCCUGUCCGGCCAUUUGGUAGUACCGUUGCUUAUGGGAGCAUUACCGAAGCUCUAAAUGCGUUCGUACUACCUGAAACUCUGGACGGAAACAAUCAGUAUUUCUGCGAGUCGUGUAACAGCAAAUGCGAUGCUCAUAAGGGUCUCAAAUUCACAAAGUUUCCCUAUUUGCUUACACUCCAUUUAAAAAGAUUCGAUUUUGAUUAUUCAUCGAUGAAUCGGAUCAAAUUGAAUGAUAAGGUUUCUUUCCCGGAGAUUCUCGAUUUGAACAAGUUCAUAAAGAGUUUGGAUGAGCCGGAAGAAGGCAUUGAGCAGUUAGAAUCUUCUGAGACUUCCAUGAAGUGCGAUUCGACUGUUGAUUCUCCAUUUGAGGAAGAAAGCAUGGUAGAAAAGAAAAUGGACAUAUCAGAUUUAGACCAGGAAGAAGAUGAAGGAAUCGACUUGAGCAGCAACGGAAUCAACAACCACGAAAAUAAUAAGAACGGUCAGGACAGCAAGCCUUCAGGGCCUUUUGUUUACGAGCUUUACUCCAUCAUGAUCCAUUCUGGCAGUGCAAGCGGUGGGCACUAUUAUGCUUACAUCAAAGAUUUCUCAAAAGGGGAAUGGCACUGUUUCAAUGAUCAGACUGUCACAACUAUUACAAGGGAGGAUAUUGAAAAAACUUACGGAGGUGGACCGACAAGAGGCUACUACAGUGGAGCAUACAGUUCGAGCACUAACGCUUACAUGCUAAUGUACAGGCAAAUCGACAAAGAUAAAAACUGUACAGCAAUGACGGAAGAAAAUUUUCCACCUCAUAUCAAGGAAACGCUUAAGGAUAUAAAGAAAGCAGAAGAGGAAGAAAAGGCUAUGAAAGCUCGACAGGAGGAAAUGGUCAAGAUGAAAAUUUUUGCCAUCGAUCUUAUGAACGAUGUAAUGAUCCAUGAGGAAAAGAUACAUAUCUAUGGCUAUGACACGCUUGCUGACGCCACCCGCCUCGCUUGGAGUAAAUUCAAUUUGGAAAAUAUUAUCGCUGAAGAUCAAUGUCGGCUUGUGUUAUUUAACCGAGACACAGGCCAAAUCGAAAUGAGUCUAGAGGCGGAGAAGGACAAACCUUUGAACCAAAUUCUGAAGUCUAAACCGCACAACAUCGAUUUCUUGCUUGAAUUCAGGGAUAAAAACAAACCAUUCAUGCCUUAUACCUCCGAAGAUAUUCACAUGGUGGUGCAUGUCCUUGACCCCGAGUUGGGCGAGAUUCAGAGUUCACAUCACGUUAGAACGACACCGAACCAGCAGCUCUCUGACCUACGCCAAUUUUUCAGCAAAGCUCUGAGCCUUAAUACAAUGGACUUCCACAUAAUCUUGACGACGCCUAAAGUCUGCCUGUUGAACGAUGAUAACAAAUGUCAAUUCAAAAGCAUAUUUUGUAACAACAGGGACACCGCUGCUAGAGAUUCGAUGAGAUCGUUGUAUAGGAUUAAUCCUACAUGCAAAGUCUUUGUGUGCCCGAAAGGCACCGAGGGAGAUGACUUCACAAACUUUGAGUCUUCGCAACUGUACAAAUUGGUUAAAGAGCUUCAACAUGUGAUAUCCUUAGAAUUUAUAAUGCCCCUUACUUGUGAAGUUAAUGAAAAAUUAUGGAAUCUUCUAAUCCCACCUCUUGAGGAAGAGAAAAAUUCUGAGUCUGAAAGGCCUAUGGAACCUGUUUUAACAAGUGAUAAUCAAGUCUGUACACCUCUUGUAAACGGAGCAAAUGAAGAAGAGGCUGUUUUCGGCGGGACUUCUGAUCAGAGCACAAGUGAAGACAGCAGCCUGACAGACAGUGAGAGAACAAUCAUCGGAGAACAGAAUGAAUGUCAAUUAUCCAGUGGAAGUGAUUCAGAACAGUUGUCCUCUCCGGAGCCAGCAUCUGCAAAGAGUAUGGGAUUCAGUCCGAAGCAGGAGGAAGAAAACUGGGAUGAAGUCACUGCCAAAAACUUAUACUUUUCUGCAUCCCCUUUUGUAGUCGUCCUGAAUCAAAAUAGACGAUUAAAAGUUGUCGUUGAUGUACGGAUGCCGAUUCCCGUCCUGAAAUCCAAACUGGAGAAGUACGUCUGUGUCUCGAGCAAGUAUCUCAAGCUGACCAAGGGCAUGGAUCCAGACAGCAGUGGGAUCAUCGUCAGUUCCCUGCAAGACCUGAGGGAUGAUGAUAAAGUGAAAAUUUCACUGCACCGAGUUUUGAAUGACGGGGAAGUGAAGGUCAAAGUCUACAGGCUCAGUCUCAGCGAUUCAGGGAAAGUUGAAUUCUUUUUCGACUGGGUUAUAACACUCGGUACAACGGUCGGAGAGACGAAAAAGGCCAUGCUUAAGGAGUUAGAGAGGAGAAAUCCUGAGAUCAAAAUACCUUAUGACAGGUUCCGUCUGAGGAAAAAGUUUUCAAGGAGUGUCGGAUCAGUAUUGUUGGACCAUGAGGUUUGGGAUAAAAAGUUGGGCUCUUCAGUCGAACUAUUUGUUCAGAUCCUGGACAAACCCGAGCAGGUGAACAGGAAUACUCAUUCGGUGAUAUUCGCACGCCGUUGGCACACCUCGUCGCUCAGUCUCGGCCCUCUGGUUGAGGUUGUGCUCGAGUCUCCUUCACUAGUCAAUUUCAAACAGAAGCUGUCCGAAAUAAGCGAUAUUCCCAUGCAGAAUAUCGAAGUCGCCAAAGGGGAUGGUACAAGCUUUCAGGACGAAAUCCAGCCCCUCUUGCUCACAAGGUUAAACUGGACUUUGGAGGACGACUCCGGAGAAGACGAUUGUAAAUAUUUGCCCGAGGACGAUACCAUAGUUUUCUUCAGAGAUCGGGAAGAAGAAAUGAAAAAACUCUCCAAAGAAGAGGAGAUUCGAGCUUCCUGCUAUGAGUACAAUCGGGAAAACAGAGUUCCUUCCUUCCUGAAUCGAAAAGAGAAGGCCUUGAAGAUAUAUUGGAGCAACGAGGCAUCGAGGCCUCGAAGAAGUGUGAUAGAUGUCGACUGAGGUCAGUUUAAAGAAUUUUGAUUUUUUUUUUACCCUGUCAAAAUGUACGAAAGAUGAAAAUUCUCUCCUUAUCAAAAUAUUUUUUUGUUUUAUAGAUUUUAUUUAAAAAAUUGUCUUAAAACCCCUUGUCCAAAAUUUAACCAUUUGAUUGACCUUAAGGUAAAACGUCUAAUGAUGUUACUUUUUUUUGGAAAUUUUAUAAAUGUUUAUUAAAAAAAAUAAAAAUAAAAAAAUAGUCUCAUUGAGUAAAUCCUACAAAUUCUAACUCCAGAUGUUCUUUCACCACAAUUUACCAAUGCUUUCAUUAUAAUAAUUUAUGAUUACACCAAAUUGUAAUUAUAUAAAGCGAGAAAAUUCUUGUCACGGAUAUUUUCAGAAUAAAGAAAUAGCAUUGUAUGACAAUAAUAAGAAUAGUGGAGUCAGAAUAACAGAUACAUUCUCAAUAUGGGUUUGUCUUAUUUCUCUACUUUUAUAAUUCAUAAAACAUGUAUUUAUAAUAUAUAUUUGUAUAUUUAGAAAAGCAGAAAUAAAACUCCAAUUUGUUUUUGUUUGGGAGAUAUAUAAUUUUUUUUUUAAGAAAUGUUUUUGUUUGAAUUUGUUUAAAAAUAAAAUAUUAAGUUGACCCUAACAGCCUAUAUUAAGAUUAAACUAUUGAUUUAACCCCCCCGGAUAUAUUCUGGAUUGUCACAACAGACAGGGCGAAUAUCAUUUCCUAUUUUUUUUCCUGUUUCAAACGGUGAUAAUUUUGUGCAGGGUCGUCCAACCCGUACUGCAUAUGGCCAGGCAUUACCGGGCCUAUGCAGAUAGCUUUUAGGGUUUUCUAGCCGAAAACCCGAUUAUCGAAAAUUUUAACUAAAUCAGUUCUGUAAAUUGCUUUCGCAAUAUUAAAAUUCAAUU